AUGAGUGAAACGCGCAUUCGCGCAUGCAUAUGCUCAUUUGACUUGUCCGGCACUACGGCAAACCGGCAAAACUCGGUCGCAGUGAUAUCGAUGGCAGUCACUGUGGCCCCGUCUGGUGUUACAAUCUUUUCAGAUGCCUUCGUGACGACAGACCUGAUGACCCAGCUCGGUUGGCCCGAUGAUGAUAAGAUCAGGCGAUUGCGAUCAGAGGACGAGACGGUAUUGUGCACCGAAGGGACCGGAGACCCCACCCAACUCUACUUCCUGCAAGAUCUUCUCCACAGAGGCCCAUUAAACGCCUCGCCCGAACAAUAA